AUGCUGCGGCUUUUCUUGUUUAUCUGUGAGGCUUUACUUUUACUGACAACAGUUGUUGGAGAUAUUUAUUUACACAAUCCCAGAGGCAGCAACAAUCGACUUGAUGAACAAACAAGAGAACGUGCAAAUGCAAAUAACCUCUUUGACUCACAGAAUAAUGACAGAGGAGGAUAUAAUGUAGGCUCACUCUACUAUUAUCAAGGUUCAACAUUGUCUGUAGAAUGGACCAACCAACACUCAUGUCAGAACCCUAACUGCCAUUGUGAGAUCAUACUGCAAUAUAUGUGUGACUUUAGAGUCAGAGAUGGUGCCACAACACAAACCAUACCAGCUAACCGUGCCCAGUGUGAAAAUUAUGACUGUGACAUGGAUCGCAGAUACCGCAUGAAUGAGAACUAUGCAUAUUAUUCCGAAUGCUCAGUGAGAGAAAGAAACAAAGGCCUGUUUACUGCAGACCAGAAUUUAAAUAAUAGAAACACAGCCAGAAAUACACGACAGAAUCCAGCAGGCACUAGGAGAGGCUACGAGUGCCCAGAAGAAAGGGAUUAUUACCCUUACUGGCAUCCUUCACCAUGGGUGGACAUAGCUGUGAUGACAGAUGAUGUAUCUCGAUGCUCCUACUACAAGGCAGAAAGUCAGAAUGUCAAAGAAAAGUGGGCUUGUGUUCUUCCCAUGGCUGAUAUGGAAGCACUUAAUGGCAAAAUUAUUUUGCCAAACAAUAAAGAAGGAUGUGAGGCAUAUCAGUUUCCAAAAAAUGUGAAUGCAUCAAGUAAACCAGAGUGGAAAAGUUUCCCAGCACACGGCGUUCCCCCUCCGGACUGCAGGGAAACAGAGUAUUCACGGGAUAACCACCUGGGAAAUGGCUAUGGGGGGCAUCCUAACAUGUAUAACUGGACCAUUCCUAGUUACCUGGAGCACGAACAUUGUGUUCUGAGAGUAAGAUAUAAUAUUUCUACAAGUGAUUACCCAUCUUGGGCCACUAAUGCAUCCAGCAACAACAAAGUUAACAUGGCAGACAAGUUUGGAUUUUCGUCAGAAUCUGCAGCAAAAGACAGAGGAUAUGUAUUCAAAAAUAACCCUGUCGUGACAGUGUUUGGUAACCUCACUCUGAAUCUGCGUCUGGCCAUUGACACAGCUCAGUUUGGACGUGUCUUCCAGGACAGGUCACAUACAUUUGCUGUUCGUAAACGCCCUGAUUGGUUGCAAGAUACAGCCAUUUAUAACUUGAAUGUUCGAGGCAAGAGAGGAAACAUUGUGCAAGUGUACCCAGCAGUGGAAUAUGACUUUGUGCCCAAUAACCUGGAGGUUGCCUCUGGAGACUAUGUACACAUUCAAUGGACUGGUUCCAAUACAAAUCCCAACAAUAAUGAUGGACAAGGACUUGCAGGCACUGAUCGUAGCAACAUUGUUCUCUUGGGGUCACAAGUGUAUCCGGAAGGAAUUGAAAAUGCAAAAUCUCGGGGAAUUAAUUAUGGUCAUUAUGGAGUUAAUUAUCCCAUGUCGAUAGAUAAUGCAACAUUUCUAAGCUUAUCUGAGGAAGAUGCACUUACUCUAGCAUUUUUGGAUCCUGGUCAGUUUCGUGGUGAAGUAUCAGAGCUCGAUGAUGCAGGAACAUAUUUCAACCUUCCUCCCAGGAAGGUCACACAGACAGGCACAUAUCACUACAUGAGCACGAGAAACAAUAACUUCUCAAACCGAGAUCAGAAGGGACGAGUAACAGUCACUUCUGUGGCUUAUAAAACUCAAGCAAUAGGAAAAAUGGGCGGGACUAUUGCCCUGCAGAAUGGCAUUGCUAAGGUGACUGUUGAUGAGGACACCUUUGACUCACUAAAAAUUGUGCGGCUGGAAAGGUUAUCCGCCGAAGAAGGAGAACAAGUUUUACAUGAGGCUAACAGAAAGCUAGAUGAAGGAGACAGUUACGCCAGUGGAUUUGUGUUUAUUUAUCCUGAUGAACUGAUUGGUGACCAGAAAGACAAGGCAUUUACGCUGGAGAUGAAACUGGACAAAGACUCCAACAAUGUUGAAGUUUAUUACGCAGCAACAGAUCUAUCUGUCUGGUCUAAAGUGGAAGCCAGAAUACAAGAUGGAAAAGCUACCAUCCAGGCCAGAUCAGGAGGUGUGUGGGUGGCACGGCAGCACACAAAUGUUGGAAUGAUAGUAGGAAUUGUAAUAGCGUGUGUUGUCGUCAUUGCAGUUCUAGCAGGAACAAUAUUUUAUUUUGCACGCAACCCAGGCAAGUGGCAGGCAGUGAGAACAAAUUGUAGAAAUGCCAAAAGAUCAAUGCAUAGUCAUGUGUAA